CCCGAAAUCUCGUCUACUCAACUUCGAAUCCUCUCUCUCCGCAACAAUGACCAGAACCACCAAAGCCAAGAAACUUAAACCGUCCAUCACCGCCACUAGAAAACCCACAAAAAAAAUCCUUAAAAAAGAGCCCAAAUCUGUACAAAAACCGGAGAAGAGCAAACCCGAGACGAGAAUAUCGGACUCCGAUUCCGAAGCCGAUACCGAUAAGCUUACAGCGCUCCUAGAGCCCUACUCGAAAGACCAGCUCAUAAACCUUAUUUCCGCCGCCGCCGUCACCAACUCCGCCCUCUUUGAUCACCUUCGAGCCGCGGCCGACCGCGACGUUACCCACCGGAAACUCUUCGUUCACGGACUCGGGUGGGACACGACGCCGGAGACGCUGAAAUCGGCGUUUGAAAAUUUCGGCGAGAUCGAAGAUUUGAAGCUCGUGACGGAUAAAGUAACCGGAAAGGCGAAAGGGUUCGCCUUUAUCGUAUUUAAGACCCGAAAAUCGACCGAGAAAGCGCUCCAAAACCCCCAGAAAAAGAUCAACAACCGAAUUGUGUCGUGGCAGCUGGCUUCUGUGGGCCCCACGGCUCCCCCCGCCGCCGUUGCGAAGGAGGGAAAGGACCAAAGUAUUAUUAAUAAUAAUAAUAACAGUAAUGGGGUUGGGGAGAAGAAGAUUUAUGUGAGUAAUGUACAAAGGGAUGUUGAUAAGGAGACAUUGAAGGUCUUCUUUGAAAGAUUUGGAGAGAUUGAAACGGGGCCCUUUGGGUUCGAUGUGAACACUGGCAAGUCAAGAGGGUUUGCCAUUUUUGUGUAUAAGACUGUGGAGGGGGCGAGAAAGGCAUUAGAGGAACCGGUGAAGGUGUUUCAAGGUCACCAAUUGCAUUGCCAGAAAGCAGCUGAAGGGAAGAACAAAAAUCAUAGUAAAGCCCAUUUCUCGCAACAAGGACAGCAAACGGUGCAAGGGCAGCAAACGGUGCAAGGGCAGCAAAUGGUGCGAGGGCAUCAUCAGGGGCAGGGGCAAGGGCAAAUACAGGAUCAAAGCCAGAUGCUUGCUGCCAUGGCAGCUGCACAGAAUUUGGCAUUGUUUGGGCAGCAUCCAGGAUUGAAUCCGGUUUAUGGAGGAUUAUUUGCGAAUCCUGGAUUGAUUAAUCCAAUGGUGGCCGGGGCAUUGAAUCAAGGUGUUGUGCCUUCUAGCCAUGUGCCUGUAGGUACAGUAGGUGGCUUAGGAUCAUAUGGGACUGGUCAGAAUUUGCAGCAUGUUUACCCAAAUGCACAGGGUAGAACUCAGGGGACCGGUGGGUCGUUUCCUGGUUAUACACCAUCUUACUUGUGAUGAUUUUCAGCCAAGCUUUGAGGAACAAUAUUCAUGCCACUUUGGGGGAUUUUAUCUAGUUUUGUUGUGGGUCAAUUGCGAAGUUUGUGAACUUUUCAUAUGCUUCAUAAUUUUGAGUUUACCGAAGCUCGGCCAUAACUUGGUGGGCCUUUUCUUCUUCUUUCACCUUACCGUCUUUUUUCUUUCAAUUUUUCUCUUUUUGACUUCUUAUCUUUAUCUUCUUCUUCAUGACUUUCUUGGAACUUCUUUUCUUGUAAGAAUUUGUGACUUUUGGUAUUUCUUUACAUUUACGGUCUACAUUUAUCUUCAAUAUUCAGUUUUUUAAUUUUAAAGUGUA